AUGGAUAAACGGUUCAGAGUUAGCAGGCUGUGUGUUGUGGCCGUAGUCUUAGCCCUGGUAUCCGUGGCAACCAUUGUCACGUUGUGGACUAUUGCCCUGACAGGAGGAGGUGAUGGUAAUGAUGUCACAGCUCCUUGGGACAGCUUUCGUCUCCCCACUGAUUUGGUCCCUGACUACUACAACAUCACCCUGUGGCCUCGUCUCAGCUGUGACCCAAACACUGGCCUCUACAUUUUUACAGGCCAUACCACUAUGGAGUUUGAGUGCGUGAAAGAAACAAAUAUGAUCCUGAUCCACUCUAACAAACUCAACUACACCAAGCUGGACAACACACACAUUGCCAGGCUCAUCGCUGCAGAUGGCAGUUCUGCUCCCAGUAUUAAAUUAUCUUGGCUGCAGCCUAAGACCCAGUAUUUGGUUAUCCAGCUGAACAGUAAAUUAACUCAAAAACAAAAGUAUCAGCUGUACACUGAGUUCACUGGAGAACUAGCUGAUGACUUGGAAGGCUUUUACAGGAGUGAAUAUGAAGAAGGUGGAGUGCGAAAGAUUGUUGCCACCUCUCAGAUGCAUCCAACUCAUGCCAGAAAGACCUUCCCGUGUUUUGAUGAGCCAGCAAUGAAAGCUGUUUUCUAUAUGACUCUCAUCCAUCCCCCUGGAACUGUAGCCUUGUCCAAUGGCAUGGAAAGAGAUAUUGUUAACACCACUAGUUAUGGAGUAGCUGUGACACAAACCAAGUUUGAGCCCACAAAGAAAAUGUCCACCUAUCUCUUGGCCAUUGUCAUCUCUGACUACACACAGCUCAAUGCUACACAAGGAGACACUCUGAUCCGUAUCUGGGCUCGCAGGACCGCCAUUGAGCAGGGACAGGGAAACUAUGCCCUCAAUGUGACUGGACCCAUACUGGACUUCUUCCAGUUGUACUAUAACGUUUCCUACCCUCUUAGCAAAUCAGAUCAAAUCGCUCUGCCAGACUUCUAUUUUGGUGCGAUGGAAAAUUGGGGUUUGGUGACAUACAGAGAAACCAACCUUCUCUAUGACCCUGUGACCUCCUCCAGGAGAAAUAAAGAGACCACUGCCACCAUAAUUGCUCAUGAACUAGCACACAUGUGGUUUGGUAACCUGGUUACUCUGCGCUGGUGGAAUGAGGUCUGGCUGAACGAGGGCUUUGCUUCAUAUGUAUCUUACCUGGGAGCAGACCAUGCUGAGCCUGCAUGGAAUGUGAAAGACUUGAUAAUACUAGAUGACGUCCAGAAGGUGUUUGCAGUCGAUGCCUUGACCUCCUCUCAUCCCCUGUCUUCUGAAGAAGACAGUAUUAUCCUGCCAGUCCAGAUCAGUGAGCAGUUUGAUACCAUCUCAUAUAGCAAGGGUGCAGCAGUGCUGAGGAUGCUGUCCGAUUUUCUCUCAGAGCCGGUCUUUGUCCAGGGACUCAGUAGAUACCUCAAACACUUUACCUACAGUAACACAGUAGGGAAUGACAUGUGGCACCACCUACAAAUGGCAGUGGAAGCUAAUAAUGUUUCACUACCUCGUCCAGUUCGUGAGAUCAUGGACCGCUGGGUGCUCCAGAUGGGCUUCCCAGUGAUUACAAUAGAUACCACCACAGGAAAGGUAUCCCAGAAGCACUUUCUACUGGAUGCAGAGUCUAACAUCACAGUUGAAUCACCUUACAACUUUGAGUGGCUGAUUCCUAUUGGGUGGAUGAAGAGCGGCGGGGGCCAAAGAAAUAUCUGGUGGCUGCUGGAAAAAGAAGCGGUAAACUUGGAGAUGAGUCGAGGUGGUUUGUGGGUUCUGGCCAACAUAAAUGUAACUGGAUAUUACCGGGUAAACUAUGACUUGGGAAACUGGGAAAGGCUCUUCGCUCAGCUUAAUACAGAGCACCAGGUUAUUCCAUUGAUAAACAGAGCCCAGCUUGUGGAUGAUGCUUUCAAUUUGGCCAGGGCUCAGAUGGUCUCCACUACUCUUGCUCUGAACACAACCCUCUAUCUGUCUGUGGAGACAGAAUACAUGCCUUGGCAGUCUGCUCUGGAUAAUCUGGGCUAUUACUACCUCAUGCUGGACCAGACUGAAGUCUAUGAGCCGAUGCAGGACUACAUGAAGAAGCUUGUGACGCCUCUCUUCCUGUACUUCAAAAACAUGACUUCAGACUGGAUCCUUGUCCCUGACAGACACACUGACCAGUAUAACGAGGUGAAUGCCAUCCACAUGGCCUGCAGGACUGGAGUAACAGAAUGCCAGAACCUGACCACCACAUGGUUCAAACAAUGGAUGGAGAACCCUCAACAUAAUUUGAUCCAUCCCAACCUGCGUUCAGCAGUGUACUGCAGUGCCAUGGCAGCAGGUGGUGAGGCAGAGUGGGAGUUUGGCUGGUCACAGUUCAAGAAUGCUACUGUAGCCAGCGAGGCCAGCAAACUCAUGUCUGCACUGGCAUGUAGCAGCAAUACACAACUGCUGAAAAGGUAUCUGUCUUAUACCCUUAACUCAUCUAUGAUCCGUAAACAGGACGCUACCUCCGUCAUCACAUCUGUCGCAAGCAACAGAGUGGGACAAAGUCUGGCAUGGGACUUUGUCAAGGAUCAGUGGGAAUACAUGUUCACACAAUAUGGCGUUGGCUCUUUCUCCUUUGCCUCUUUGAUCAGCGGAGUCACUGCUAGGUUCUCUACACCUGCUGAACUACAAGAGCUGGAGGAGUUUGAGGAGAAGCACAGACCAGCAGGGUUUGGACCCGCCACCCUGGCUGUGGAGCAGGCUUUGGAGAGGACCAGAACUAACAUCAACUGGCAGCAACAGAACAAACAGGAGAUCUUGGACUGGUUCAACAGUCAGAUUGGACAUUAGAUUUUCUAACAUAGGCAGAGCGAGAGAGCUUGGAGCUAGGACUUAUCUCCCAUAUGAAAAGUGUCUCUAUAUAUUUGAUUAAAAGCAACCAGAGUUUAGAGGAAUUAGGUAGGAAAGACAUCAAGAAAGAAUAUCAUAAAAAACGCUUCAUUUCAGCUACAUUUCUAUAGUAACAGUCAGAUGUGAGGGUUCCAGGACAGAGGAUGUCGCAUGUGUACAGAUUGUAAAGCCCUCUGAGGCUAAUUUGUGAUUCUGGGCUAUACAAAAUAAACUGAAUUGAAUUGAUGUCACAAGGCACUCCUAUACAUGAAACUGGUUUGCAUGAGGCAGUAAAAAAGCUGCUAUUACCACACUGAACACUUACACAGUAACAUUCUCACUUUACUGCAGAGAUUUCACUUUAUAACCACUUGGAAACUGCUAUUUUAAAAUGUAGUCAUUGAAAUGCCAUCG